AUCUCAUCUAAUAUAUGGACAGUGUGACCCCUUUUCACACGAUUUAAAAAAGACAAUGACCACUUUGAUACAUUAUAAAGUUUAGUGGUAGUUUUUUUAUAUUAAGCAAAAGUUUAGUGACCAUUUUACCAUUUAACUCGCCAAAAGCCUAAAACCCAAAAGGCCAAAACCCUGAUCCCCUGCUCUCAUCCGCCGAGAAUUGACACUUUGAUACCGUCCGCCGACCAGAGCGACUUUCGAGCUAAACGCAAGCUGACGAAGACCUUACCGACGGUGGAUUCGUCAGUGUUUGCUUCUGGAUCAGUUUCUACAAUUUUCUGACCCAAAUUUCAAUUCGAGUAGGCUUCAGCUUGAUUAUUUUCAAGGUCGUUUCGAGUUGAAAAGGAAGCAAUUGGAGGUUUAGUUGAACGAUGAUGAUGGAGACAGACCGGAAAGACGGCCGCACGCCGAACCAGCCGAGGAUGCUGAGUUGCUCUCGCAACAUCCUCCACCGUGCUCACGGCUCAGCAAGUUGGUCUCGAGGAGAGACGAAGGUUCUGGCUGCUGUUUAUGGACCUAAGGCUGGAACGAAGAAGAACGAGGAUCCUGAAAAAGCUUGUAUUGAAGUUAUUUGGAAACCUAAAACAGGCCAAAUUGGGAAGGCCGAAAAAGAGUGUGAGAUGAUAAUGAAGAAGACUAUACAGAGCAUUUGUCUUUUGACAGUUAACCCAAACACAACAACAUCAGUUGUAGUUCAGGUUGUCAAUGAUGAUGGAGCUCUUCUACCUUGUGCCAUAAAUGCAGCAUGUGCUGCCCUUGUUGAUGCUGGAAUUCCCAUGAAGCACCUUGCCGUGGCAAUUUGUUGCUGUGUGGCAGAAGAGGGGUCCGUGGUACUCGAUCCAACAAAGCUGGAAGAGCAGCAAAUGAGAGGCUUUGCAUAUUUAGUGUUUCCAAACUCGGCUCUGUCGGCCCUACCUAAAGGAUCAUCUCUCGUUGAUGGCGAGCCCUUGGAACACGGGAUCAUCACCUCUGUCACUCAUGGCGUUAUGUCAGUGGAUGAAUACUUGAGAUGUGUGGGUCGAGGGCGAGCAGCAUGCGCGAAGCUGUCUGAUGUCCUGAGAAGGAGCUUGCAAAAAUCAGAGUAGUAAAAUCCAUAUAGCUUCCAACCACUGGGAUUAGUGAUCAGCCAGCUCACACAUGACACAACAUGUAAGGAUAUUUCAUAGAAUCGCAGCUUAUAACACUCUAGUUCCAAAUGGCAAACUAGUUGUGUUGUGGCAAAUUGCAGUGAUGUGUGUGUAUGCUAUUUUCCGAGUUGUAGCGUGAGCAAGCCACCAACCAUUUUGUGGGUUUUCCUCCGCGAUUUGGUUGAGCUGUCCCUGUGUUAUCGUUGGUCUCUUUGGGCCGGAAGUGCAGAUUGUUGCCCGUGGACAGGUUGGGCUCACGUCCACUGACAGAGCGAGACCAAACUCAUGAAAGUGGGCCGUGGGCAAGACGAGCUCACACCAAUCGGAGUUCAAAUAAUAAAAUCUGGAAAAAAUGAGCUCUUUUGACGGAAUAAAAUCUUAUGGUUGAACUGC